ACUGCUUCGCUGGUGUAUGCCACAAGCUCUACCCGUACACACCAAAUUCAAGCCAAGCAUGCUAUUCGUCAAUCCCCUUCUUUAAUACACAGCCAAAAUGACCAGCUGCCUUCAAUGCACCCCCCAACUUCCUUCUUUAUUCCAACAUCCACCUCCAUUUACUCCCCUCUUAUCGAGAGAGAAAUAGAGCUUCGAAACAUGGAUGGAGUUGGGAGCAAUGUGAAGGUGGUAGAGAGUUCAAGGAGAGUUACACACUGUGACCUGAUACUAAGGAUUCUGGGUCUGAUCCUUACUUUGGUAGCUGCAAUUGUGACGGGUGUUGACAAGGAGACAAAGACUAUUUCUGUCAGUAUCACCAAAACCUUGCCCACCUUGCACGUUCCUGUUACUGCUAAGUGGCAUUACAUGUCUGCCUUUGUGUACUUCCUUAUAUCAAAUACCGUAGCAUCUUUGUACGCAGCAGCAUCACUGGUAGCAUCUAUGGCAGUCCGGACCUCCAAAGAAAAGGCAGCAAUGGCUCUCGUCAUUCUGGACAUGACCAUAAUGGGGUUGCUGUUCUCUUCUAAUGGAGCAGCAAUUGCUGUUGGGGUCUUAGGCCAAUAUGGUAACUCACAUGCGCGAUGGAACAAGGUCUGCGAAUUGUUCGGUGGAUUCUGUCACGAAAUGACUGCUGCUAUAAUCUUAUCUUUGGUAGGAUCGUUAGUUUUCUUUUGGCUGGUGGCACUGGCCAUUCUCAACCUUCACAAGAAAUCAGGGUAGAUGGAGUUAAGAAGGUCGAUGGGGAGUCACUGGGGUUACUAACACUAGUAUUUACAAGUGGCUGAAGUAGGAGAAAAGUUUCUUUGAUGUAGUACAUGGGUAUUUAAUUAGCUUUGGAUGGCGUUAAAUUUCAAGCCACACUGGUUGGUGCGUCUCAUUUCAGUAAACAUUGAAUAUUCUGAA